UGUAAUUAGAAGACACACUAGUUUCCCUCAUUUAAAAGCCUGUUAAGCGUAUGACAGGCUCCUUUCAAGGGAGGCAAUCCUCCCCACCGCUUCCUUCUGUGCUCUUCAGGUUAUUUCUGAAUCCAGAUAAGCCUUGAUCUGAGGAUGAGCUAACCACCGCAGGCACCAUGGGACCUUCUAGAGUAAUCAGGAAGAAGGCUUCCAAAACCUGAUGUGAUGUUUCCUGCUGGAGACGAGGCACGAGGUGCAGGGAAGGGAAGGUGGGCUGAUCCGGAACGAUGCUGCUGCUGCUGCGAUGCUGAAGACGGAGCUGGAGGAGAGAAGCAACAGGCACCAUGGAAAAAACCAAAUCAAAGCAAGGAGAGAAUGAACACAUGCCGGUGAGCAACCCUUCCACACAGAUCUACCAGCUGCAGGCCCUGGCCUCGGAGCUGAAAACCGGAUUCACAGAAGCAAUGCAGGAACUGACGCGGAUCCAACAUGGAGAGUACGCUUUGGAAGAGAAGGUCAAGAGCUGCAGGUGCUCCAUGGAAGAGAAAGUCACCGAGAUGAAGAACUCCUUGAACUACUUCAAGGAAGAGCUGAGCAAUGCGAUGUCCAUGAUCCAGGCCAUCACUUCCAAACAGGAAGAAAUGCAGCAGAAAAUCGAGCAGCUUCAACAGGAGAAGCGAAGAGAAUCUCGAAAGGUGAAAGCCAAGAAAGCUCAAAAGGAAGAGCAUAGCGCACAGGCCGGGCCUGUGUCUGCGGCUGCGUCUGCGUCUGCGCCCACGUCGGCACCUACGCAAGGAAGUCCCUUCCGCUCCAUUAACGUCCCCGAGUCCAGUCUCCCCAGUGAAGACUUCACCAACAUUUUGCCUUCCCAGACCUACGAAAAAGCCCAAGACUUGCGAGCUGUUCAUGUAGGAGACGGCAACGUGAAGGGAAUGAUGGGAUCUGGAGUGAACCCAACAGCUCCAGAAUCAGAUGAAAAUCUUAAGCCUUCUCUCUCAGCUGAGAUCCAGUCCAAGGGCCACCACACGUCUGGCCUGUGGAGACAGCCUAAGGAUGGCAGAGAAUGGGGCGAGGAAUAUGUCACAAAAGAUCAUCCAGAUAAACUCAAGGAAGCUGGCCAGGGUAGACACAGCUCCUUGGAAAAUGUCUUAUGUGAAACCUCUUUAGCUGCAAAAAGGCAAACUGUGGCUCUAGAGCUGCUUGAAUCCGAAAGAAAAUACGUCAUUAACAUCUCCCUGAUCCUGAAGAUAAAGGCGACAUUCCAGGGCUCCGAUGGAAAGAGGAAUUCCAAGGAAAGAAGCCUCUUCCCUGGCUCUUUGCGCUACCUCGUCCAGCAACACUUGGAUUUGCUUCAUGCGCUACAGGAAAGGGUCCUGAAAUGGCCACGCCAAGGAGUCCUUGGAGACUUAUUCCUGAAGCUGACCAAUGAUGAGAAUAAUUUCUUGGAUUAUUAUGUUGCCUACCUGAGGGAUUUGCCCGAGUGCAUCUCCUUGGUUCAUGUUGUGGUCCUGAAGGAGGGUGAUGAAGAGGUUAAAUCUGAUAUCUACACCCUGUUUUUUCAUAUAGUACAGCGCAUCCCUGAAUACCUGAUACAUCUGCAGAAUGUGCUGAAGUUUACGGAGCAGGAGCACCCUGACUAUUAUCUGCUACUCGUGUGUGUUCAGCGUCUCCGAGUAUUUAUCUCUCAUUAUACCCUGCUGUUUCAAUGCAACGAAGAUUUGCUUAUUCAGAAACGGAAAAAGCUCAAAAAGUCAUCUAUGGCAAAGCUGUACAAAGGGCUGGCUUCCCAGUGUGCCAACACUGGCCAAGAUGCUUCCCCCACCGCAGGCCCGGAGGCUGUCCGCGACAGCGGCAUCCACUCGGAAGAAGUGCUCCAACCCUAUCCUCCUGCUCCCAGUUCUGCACCUGCUGUCACACAUUUGAUACCCUCAGCGAAGAAAGGCCAACAGCAGCAGAGCCUCAUGGAGAGCAUGCAGCCCGGGAAGCCGGGGGACUGGGAGAUGGAGGGCAGAAAGCACGAGCGCCCAGAGAGCCUGCUGGCGCCAGCGCAGUUCUGCCCGGCCGAGCAGGACGUGAAGGCACUCGCCGGGCCCCUGCAGGCCAUUCCAGAGAUGGACUUCGAGCCGUCCCCCGCCGAGCCGCUGGGCAAUGUGGAGCGCUCGCUGCGCGGCCCGACCGAGCUCCUGCCCGACGCGCGGGGCUUCGUGCCCGCCGGCUACGAGGAGUUCGAGUACGGAGGCGAGAUCUUCGCGCUGCCCGCGCCCUACGACGAGGAGCCCUUCCAGGCGCCGGCGCUCUUCGACAACUGCUCGCCCGCCUCCUCCGAGUCCAGCCUGGACAUCUGCUUCCUGCGGCCCGUCAGCUUCGCCAUGGAGGCCGAGAGGCCGGAGCACGCGCUGCAGCCGCUGCCCAAGAGCGCCACGUCGCCCGCCAGCAGCAGCGGCGCCUACAAGCUGGAGGCCGCGCAGGCGCAGGCGCACGGCAAGGCCAAGCCGCUGAGCCGCUCGCUCAAGGAGUUCCCGCGCACGCCGCCCGCCGAGGGCGUGGCCCCGCGGCUCUACAGCACGCGCAGCAGCAGCGGCGGCCGCGUGCCGCUCAAGGUCGAGCGCGCCACCGCCGUGCCCCACGGCCCCACCGCCGCCGCCGCCGCCGCCUCCCGCGGGGCGCCGCGGACCUUCUUCCCCCAACAGAGGUCCCAAAGCGAAAAACAGACCUAUUUGGAAGUAAGGAGGGAGAUGCACUUAGAGGAUGCCACCCGAUUCUGUCCAAAGGAAGAAAGAGAGAGUGAACAGACUUCUUUCAGCGAUCAAAAUCCCAGGCAAGACCAGAAAGGGGGCUUUCGCAGCUCCUUCCGCAAGCUCUUUAAAAAGAAGUCCAGUGGAUCAGAAUACAGGGAAAAAACUAAUGAGAAUCCCUCAAUGGAUCCUUCACCCACCAAACAAGAUUUCUUCAGAAACCGACUUGCUCUUGCAAAUGACCUUGACCAAGGAACAGCUGUGUAAACACAUUUACAGUUGUAUUGUCGAGUGGUAAGAGGAGGGUAAAAGCUUGUGUAUAUAUCUGCAGGAAUAUCUAUCUCUCUCUAUAUAUAUAUUUCAAUGUAUAAAUCCCUGAGGAGUAAACUAAUAUAAAUAUUUACAUAUGAAACUAAAUCAACAUACAAGAUACUGAAGAGAUGAAGAUUAGCCUAUGGUUAAGACUUGGCUUAAUGAACCUCAACACUUGGGAAAAGACUUUUCACAUCAUUACAGUAAAACAUUAUAAAUUUGGAGGAAAAUAAAUGUUUGUAAGAACAAAAACUUGCACCUUCAUUUUUAGCAUGGAUGUGAAUUUUGCCCUUCCUAGCAAAAUAUAGCAUCCUUUAAAGCAAAAGGUUAACAGACUUGUAUUUUACGUGUACAAAUCAGAGUUCUAAAGAAUUUGUCCUUAAGCUAUAAUUCAGAAGCUUCAAA